AUGACUCUCGGAGCCCUUCGAUAUGGCAGUGCCAUUGCUCUCGUAGCAGGAUUGAUUCAGCCCUCUCUCGCAGCCGACAUCUAUUUGGAUUGCAGCUCGGCUGCAACAGGCAGCGGCAGCAAGUCCAUUCCUUUUAAUUCGCUUGAAAAAGUCAAUGAAGCUGUCCUAAAUGCCGGAGACUCUAUAUACAUCAAGGCAGGGACAACAUGCACCGGAGUCUUGUCACCACAAGGAGAUGGCACACAGGACCACCCCAUCAUUCUGACCAGCUACGGAGAUGGCCCUCAGCCCAUUAUCAAUGGUUCAGGGGCAGCUGAGGCUGUCAGAUUGACCAACCAGGACUACUGGGAUAUCUCCGACAUUGCAGUCAUCAACCCUGCGUCCUCAAUUGCGUGGAGACGGGGCAUUGCUGCGACUUCCAGCGACGGCACCGUCCACUACGGUCUUUACAUCCACGACGUCACUGUUUACAAUGUGGCCGGUGAGACAAACAAGGCAACCCAAUCUGACGCCUAUAUCGCCUCCGCUGGUAUCCUGGUGAACGGCACGGAGAAUGCAAGCCGCUACGACGACGUACAGGUCUAUAACAACACAGUCUACGACUGCGGCGGCGGCGGAAUCAAAGUACGCGUCGGCCAAAUGGACAACCGUGGGCAAAAUACACACGUCUACGGCAAUUACAUUUCCUACGUCGGCGGCGACGGCGUCGUUGUAUCCUAUGGCGAAGACACCAUCAUCGAAAAGAACGUCGCCGGGUUUCUUGGCCACGGCAAGUACCCUUAUACCGGAGGCAACUUUGCAGGUAUCUGGGUUCUAGGUUGUCAAGAUGCGGUGAUGAGAUUCAAUGUUGUGCACGACUCACUCAUGUCGGAUGUCGACAGCGAGGCAUUUGACUGUGACUGGGGCAACGAGGGCACCUGCACGGUUGAGUAUAACUACAGCCACGACAACGCGGGCGGUAUAUUCCUCAACUGUGAUGGCUGUGGCACGCCCGGCGGCGCAAGGCAGAUCGUUCGGUAUAACGUCUUCCAGAAUGAUUGCCGGAUGUACAGCAAUGGGGAUGGUGUGCAAAUGGACUUCUAUAACAACGUGGUAUAUUGUCCUGAAAAGGAGUUUGAAAUUGCUGUGCCACCGCAUGCAAAUUUGUCGAAUAAUAUCUGGGUUGGUACUGCUAACUCGACUUUGCCUACCGGUGCCUCGAUCGAGUGGCAUGCGAAUUUGUUUCAGACGGUUGCUAUGCCGGUGAAGACCGCUGGUAGAACGGGUGAUCCGCGGUUUAUUGAUCCUGGUACUGGCACGGACAGCCUUGACUCAGUCGGUGGAUACAAGCUGCAUUCUGGGAGCCCUGCCUUGGGUCUUGGGGCUUUGAUUACUGAUAAUGGAGGGCGAGACUUUUGGAAUAACAAGGUGUCGUCGGUGAAGCGGCCGAACAUUGGAGCAUACAACGGAAGGGGGCUGUGA